AUGCAUCGGCCAAGGGUGAGUGAGAAUACCCAGCGGCACGACGAUUGGGAGAGAGCAGCACAAUAUCAGUCCUUCUCGGUGGUACUAGAUUUACUCUUCAGCAAGCUGCUUCUCAAGCAUCAAAGGCCCACCCAUCCAUCACCUAGAUCUAUAUACGCAGGAAAUGCAUUGCCUGCUGUACGAUAUGUAGGGUCUGGACCCUGCAUUUUUUCGAUUCGACCAACGUCGUUUGCUGUGUCAAGUGCAUUGCCACGUGAAGCAGAGGCCCCCAUAUCAGCUUUAGACACAUCAGGUUUAAAUGCAGAGAUUAUUGAGCGAUCGGAGUGGCUUGGACAGCAAGUUCAGGAAUCUGAACGACCUGAACUGGGAAGUGCUAGAGUUGUUGUCUCUGGAGGGAGAGGCCUGAAAAGCAAGGAGAGCUUUGAAAUGCUGGAGAAGCUUGCAGAUGAACUUGGUGGUGCUGGUGAGUCGUACCCUUCUGAUCUUACGUUGAGUAUCAUUACAUGCCAACAGCUAGAACAUCCGAUCAUCUGCUAACGUGAGAAUAAG